GGUGUAGCUGGUGGCGCGGGAUUCCGAUUUCGUAUCAAACGACUUCUCAUCGAAAGCGCAACAAUUUCGAUUCCAUGCAGAAUCGGUUUAGUGAUUUUUAGUUAGUCGAUAUAAAUCUUUUUUUAUUCGUUUUUCUCGCGUUAGCGGGGACGCGGCGAGUUCGAGUUCGAUUCCUGGCUGGUUCAAAAUGUACAAAAAUGCAAUAAUCAUCGCAUCGAUCCUAAUACCCCUAACAGUGUGCCAAACUUACAAUAAUGACGCGUUCAAAAGACAAAUCUACUUUCCCGACGAUGCCAUGGUUAUGCCAAAAAGACCGUCAGCCAACAGAUUUCCAGCUGCAGCAGCGGCGCCCCUGUCUAGUCAAUACAUGUCCUACGAACAGUUCGUUAAUCAACUAUUAUCCCAAGGAAUCGGCAACCUAAGUUUGAAGAUCAACAAAGCCUACCAAGACCAAACGGACGAUAACGUGGUUUUCGCCACUCUUAACAUAGCAGCGGCGUUGGCGUUGGUUCUACUGGGUUCCAACGGGAAAACCUUCCAGGAACUAACCACAGUUCUGGGUCUAGCUACGGGUUUGGACAUAGAAAAUCGGUCGGUAAAAGUGCACGAGGGGCUCGGCAAGAUGAUCAGGAAAAUCGAAACCACCGCAGGGGUGAUCAUAGGCCAGCAAGUUUCGUUUGCAGACGCCGUUUUCGUACAGAACAAUUAUCCCAUACGCAGGCUGUAUAAGGAGUCUGCUGAAGCUUUGUACAACAGCGAAGUGGUUAACGUGGAUUUCCAAUCGAAUCCGGAUAAGGCUGCGCAACUCAUCAACGCCUGGGUGGCUGAUAGGACCAAAGGGAAGAUCAUGGAUAUUGUGGACGACGUGCCAUCCGAUACUAAGGUGUUGAUAGCGAGUGCGAUGUACUUUAAGGCCGAAUGGGAAAAUCCUUUUAUGGAAGGCGUGACAACAAGGAGAAACUUUUACAUAGACGGGAGGAAAUCGAAAGCGACCAUCGAAGUCGAUAUGAUGGCGAACGCCGGGGAAUUUCCCUAUUUCAAGGACCCCAAUUUAAAAGCGGAAAUUUUAGGUUUACCUUACAAAGGUAACGCCACCGUUAUGUACGUAGUGAUGCCUUUUAACUCGAACAAACGAGUACUGAAAGAGUUCGAAGCCCACAUCACGCAGAAAGACUUGGACUAUCUCGCGGAUAGCACGCAAACUAGUCAUUGCCAAAUAUUAUUUCCCAAAAUGAAAAUAGAAAGUACGAUACAUUUGAAGCCGGUGCUGACCAAACUGGGUGUUACGUCUCUAUUCGAUCCAAAGCAAGCCAAUUUGGGAUUACUAUCACCGGGAAUGGGACCUAUAAUAAAAAAUAACGCCGAAAUCAACCCGUUGGGCUCGUUCCAGGGCAAUCCCAACGACGUGUUGAUCUUCAGCAGAACGGGUGAGACUUUGAACUGUUCGGCUAUCUUCGAUCCGGCCAAAAACGUUUCCACGUGCCAUGAUACCGUCAACAACAAAACAGUGGCUUAUAAAAGAUUCGGAGAAAAAGUGGGUCGAAGAAUUGUUAAAAGAGACACCGUAGACAUGCUAAGAAAUCUGAUUAACCAACAGUCCACCGACAACAACUACCAGAACCCGGGGCUUUACGCUGAAGACGUUAUCCAUAAGGUUUACAUGGAUAUAACGGAAACUGGCACGGAAGCAGCAGCUGCGACAUUCGUUACUCUUUACAGGACUGUCAGAGGGGUUACCUUCAGAGUGGACGUUCCUUUCCUGUUCUUCAUUCGACAUGAAGAAACAAAGACUAUUCUAUUCUGGGGAUCGAUUUACAAACCCACACCGAACAAUGUAAAGGUUUGAAAUAUGGCCUGUUAAUUAUUUAGCAUCAGUAAAUAUUUUACGAAAAUAACGCGUUUUAUUUUAUAAGCGAUUGUGCUGCAUCUGCAUUAGGCAAUAGAGUAAUAAAAUUGAAAAACAAGAGAAU